AUGAUAUUGGUCAUUAUGCUUAAUCGUAAUUGGCUUUGGCGAUGGGCAGUAGCCAUCAAAAGACUUCCUACUCCACCGACCAACCAUCUAACGCCACGUCACUCCUCCUCCCUCUCUCCCCUGUCCGACGGGGAGGAUUGUGGCGGCUGCUUCUCCCCCUCCUCCGCAGACAGCGGAGGCGGUUGGGGAAGCUGGGGGUCGAGGCUGAUCAGGAGAAGCCCGAAGAAAUCCUCACCGCCGUCUAUGCGGACGCUGGAUCUCGGCCGGAGACCCGGCGGCGGCUGCGGGUCGUCGAGUGAAAUCGUGGGGGAUGUGUUCUACGGGACGGAUGACGCGGAAGGGAUAGAGGAUUACAAGUACAAAGAAGACCUGCUGGAGCAUUACAGGAGGGAGAGCGAGAGGAAAUCGGUGAGGAGGAGGAAGAGGAAGAUGCGGCGGAGCUGGUUCGGCGCCAUUGUCGACUGCUUCUCGUUCCUCAAGUUCUUCUGCUGCUUGCGGUGA